ACACAACAGCAGCGCAUCAUCGUGAUAGACGAUUCAACGGGAAAUACGGUAGUCAUGAGUCGCUUUUGAGCAGAGUCGCGGGCGAGGCAAGCGACUUCCCAAGGUCCUCAGAACGUUGUCACCGCGAGACGGCUGGUCACUCACCCAACACUGCCCUUGACAUCACCUGAAGGGGAUCUGCGCACCUUGCCACCACGACCUGGAAGCGGUGCCCAGCAUGUAUCAUUCUGAGUUUGGUCGCCGUCUGCGCACGCAUUCAGCUGGGGCUGGCAGCUCCUCUCCCUCUUCAUCUCGUCACCAAUUGCAGACCGCCGGUGACUCAAGCGGAAGAGCUUCUCGCGCACAUGAUAGACAGCACAACUUGGCCAGCAUCAGCGAUCUGGAAAUACAACCUCGAAGACAAUCCGGGCACGCCAGCUCGAGUCGGCUUGUCGAGGGUCCAGACUUGGGGGUGCAAAGUUCAGGAAUGAUUGGUUCGAGCAUUGCCACCGCUGUUGACGAUAGCGGCAUCAGCAACGCACGCUCAUCGGCUACAACUUCAGACCACCCAGGGACGCCAAAAAGGGCGAAGGCCAAGAUCACAGGUGACAGAUUCAUCCCAGCUCGGAAUGGCACCGAUGUAACCACUGCGUAUCAGUUAGGUGUCCAUGAAGCCGCGUCUAAAAAGCGGCAAAAGCGAAAGAUGGCAGUGGACAUGGAUGCUCAAAAAGAAGAAGCCGACCACACCUUCUCAUCUCUGCUGACAACUGAGCUGCUUGGUCCGGGCGCGAGUGACCUGGUCGCCGGAAUUCAUGGUGCUCCGUUCGCGAACGGCGCUGGUCCGUCUCAUAGAGCUGGAGGCACCGGGCAGGUUACGGAUCACCCAGCUGGACCAACCACACCGAAGAAGAAAAACCUUCUUACCUACUCGCAUACACCCUCUCCUUCUUCGUCGCGGAGCUUAGGUACUCCUGGUCGGAGUGGAGGAUCGGAGCGCGUAGGGGUUUAUUCAGCAUCUGCAGGCGGACGCUCGAGCUCAGGCCUGUUCGGAGCUGCUUCAACUUCACCCACAAAGCGGGGUCAGGUCGCCUCGCUCGACUCUCCCCUUCACUCCGCAUACAGCCUGAGUCCUGUCAACCUUGAGAGCCAGCGGAUGCUCCUGCACCCUCGAAAACCGGCAAGGACGUUAAGCAAGGUCGCGUUCAAGGUGUUGGAUGCGCCUGAUCUGGCGAAUGACUUUUACCUCAACCUGGUCGACUGGUCCCCGCUGAACGUGCUCGCUGUUGCUCUCGGCCAAUGCGUGUACCUUUGGUCAGCCAAGACGUCUUCGGUUGUGAAGCUCGUUGAUCUGACGGAUGGCGAUGAUCGGAUCACCGGACUAAAUUGGUCCAACAACGGCAAGUAUUUGUCGGUGGGUACUGAUCAAGGCGAAGUCCAGAUCUGGGAUGUGGAGCACGAGAGCAGGGUGCGCACAAUGUCGGGUCACCAGAAUCGGGUCGGUGCGCUGGCAUGGAACCUGGGACUGCUCUCAACCGGCUCGAGAGACAAGGUCAUCUACCACCGUGACACACGAGUUCCUGAGCACUGGGUCGCCGAGCUAAAGGCGCACAAGCAAGAAGUCUGCGGGCUGAAAUGGAACACAACGACUAACCAAUUAGCCAGUGGAGGGAACGAUAACAAGCUGCUUGUGUGGGACGGCAUGAGCACAGUCCCGUUGCAUCGCUUUGCUGAGCACACUGCCGCUGUCAAAGCCAUAGCUUGGAGCCCACACCAACAAGGCCUACUGGCUUCCGGUGGAGGCACAGCGGAUAUGCGUAUCAGGUUCUGGAAUACGAUCACUGGCCAAAUGCUUUCGGAGACCGACACGGGAUCGCAAGUGUGCAAUCUUUCAUGGAGCAAGACAGCGAACGAGAUCAUUUCCACCCAUGGCUACUCGACCGGCAAAGUCCAAAAUCAAAUUCAAGUCUGGAAGUACCCUACCAUGUCGCAAGUGGCUACUCUCACAGGGCAUACCAUGCGCGUUCUCUAUCUCUCCAUGAGUCCGGACGGAGAAAGCAUUGUCACGGGCGCUGGAGACGAGACACUUCGUUUCUGGGACUUGAAUACUCCUACAAAGACACAACUUGAAUCUCGCGCAUCCUCUUCCUCCUUGGAUCCCUUUCAGAAGCUGCGAUGAGCUCCCCUUGUGCGCCUUUCAACUUUCAAAUCUGUUGCCGUUCAAGUCACGAAUGCGUCAUGCCUUCCCUGAUGUAGCAUGCAAGGUGUUACUUGGCACAUCUGGACGAUGGAUGUCGGGAUUCCGUCGAAUAAUGAAUUGAAGUAUAGGCAUGACAUCAACUUGUCCCAACCCGCAAGAUCACCUCGAGAUCAGAGGGAAUUUCUUCCAGCGCUAGGGACGACCAUCCGGGCACCACUACACGGUCUUCUGUCGAGC